AUGGAGGCACAACAGGUUCACUGCGUCAGUCGCUACCCAGCGUGGUCCUUCCUUGCCCAUCUAGAUCCUUGCAACGGCAAAGAUCACAACUGUUCCUCAUUCGAGCUCGAGUCGGGAGUGGUCCUGAAGAACGUCCCGGUCGCAUACACCACUCGAGGUCAAUUGUCAGAGAAUGCGGACAACGUCUUGAUAAUAUGCCAUGCACUUUCCGGUAGUGCAGAUGUUGCAGACUGGUGGGGUCCACUACUUGGAGGUCCAGGCAGGGCAUUCGACAUAUCACGGUUCUUUGUUGUGUGUUUGAACAGUCUGGGCAGCCCCUACGGCAGCGCGAGUCCUGUCACAUACAAAGAUGGGGAUCCGAAGAACGAGCGCUAUGGGCCCGAGUUUCCUCUGACGUCUAUUCGAGACGAUGUGAGGAUCCACAAGGUCAUCUUGGACCAUCUCGGUGUCAAGCAGAUUGCAUGCGUGGUUGGCGGAUCUAUGGGAGGUAUGCUUGUCCUCGAGUAUGCUUACUUUGGCAAGGACUACGUUCGGACGAUUGCACCUAUCGCAACAUCAGCGACCCACAGUGCCUGGGGAAUUAGCUGGGGUGAGGCACAACGGCAAGCCAUAUAUUCGGACCCGAAGUACGAGGACGGCUACUAUUCCUUCGAUGAGCCACCGACCGCCGGACUAGGUGCUGCACGCAUGUCUGCUCUCCUGACGUAUAGAAGUCGGGAUUCGUUCGAAGCCCGCUUCGGCCGUAACACGCCUGACCUUUCAAAGAGGCCUAAUAUCAACCAAGGACGAAAUAGUCCACCUGGUCGAAACGAGCACUGGGAAAUUCACAACCAUGGACAUUCACGAGCUAAAGGCUCACGACCAGCAUCGCCACGCAACGAGCGCUCUAAUGGAGAGGACAAAGUUGCAAAACAGCCCGUGGCAACUUUCACGGAUCCUCAGUUUAGCGGAGACACCACGUUCGAGGUACCGGUACCCGUUGUGAGCCGGAAGACGAACAAGCCCACCAGUCACUAUUUCUCCGCACAAUCGUACCUUCGCUAUCAGGGCAACAAAUUCGUCGGUCGAUUUGACGCGAACUGCUACAUUGCCAUCACCAGGAAGCUAGACACGCACGACGUGUCACGAGAUCGUACCGAGACCGUCAAAGAAGCUCUUGGCCAAAUCGAGCAGCCAGCCAUCGUGCUCGGGAUAGAAAGUGACGGUCUCUUCACGAUCGCAGAGCAGCAAGAGAUCGCGGACGGCAUACCAAAUGCUACGCUGGGUAAGAUCGACAGUCCCGAGGGCCACGAUGCUUUCCUGCUUCAGUUUGAGCAGGUCAACAAGUACUUACUCGACUUCUUCCGCGAGCAUAUUCCAGAUAUCAUGGAGCGACCAGGAAUCGAGAUUGCUGGUGCGGAAGGUGACGGACAGGACGGCGUUGGACAGAUGACGAAAAGCAGCACGUUUGGAGAGGCGGAGGUGGGAGAUCUGACUGCGUGGUAA